GGCAGAGCUGGACGCCUCCCGCUUCCUCCCUGGCCCGGCCCCUGGUCCUUCGUGGGCCGCGCUCCGCCGCCAUGCGCUCGGAGAUGGAGCCGCUGCUCCUGGCCUGGAGCUAUUUUAGGCGCAGGAAGUUCCAGCUCUGCGCAGAUCUGUGCACGCAGAUGCUGGAGAAGUCCCCUUAUGACCAGGAACCAGAUCCUGAAUUGCCAGUGUCUCAGGCAGCUUGGAUUUUAAAGGCACGAGCACUAACCGAAAUGGUGUACGUAGAUGAAAUUGAUGUAGAUCAGGAAGGAAUUGCAGAAAUGAUGCUGGAUGAAAAUGCUAUUGCUCAAGUUCCACGCCCUGGCACAUCUUUGAAACUCCCUGGAACUAAUCAGACGGGAGGGCCUAGUCCAGCUAUAAGGCCAAUCACUCAAGCUGGAAGACCCAUUACAGGUUUCCUUAGACCCGGCACACAGAGUGGAAGGCCUGGCACCAUGGAGCAGGCCAUCAGAACUCCCAGAACUGCCUACACAGCUCGCCCUAUCACCAGCUCAUCUGGAAGAUUUGUCAGGCUGGGAACGGCUUCCAUGCUUACAAGUCCUGAUGGACCUUUUAUAAACUUAUCUAGACUGAAUUUAACAAAAUAUGCCCAGAAACCUAAAUUGGCAAAGGCUUUGUUUGAAUAUAUCUUUCAUCAUGAAAAUGAUGUUAAAACUAUUCAUCUUGGGGAUGUCGCUCUACAUCUUGGCAUUGAUAUAAUGGUGUUGAGGAAUAGGAACCACAUUGAAUCAAAGGCUUUGGACUUGGCUGCCCUUUCCACAGAGCACUCUCAGUACAAGGACUGGUGGUGGAAAGUGCAGAUUGGAAAAUGUUACUACAGGUUAGGAAUGUAUCGUGAAGCAGAAAAACAGUUUAAAUCAGCCCUGAAGCAGCAGGAAAUGGUAGAUACAUUUCUCUACUUGGCAAAAGUUUAUAUCUCAUUGGAUCAACCAGUGACAGCUUUAAAUCUUUUCAAACAAGGCUUAGAUAAGUUUCCAGGAGAAGUAACCCUACUUUGUGGAAUUGCCAGGAUCUAUGAGGAAAUGAACAAUAUUUCAUCAGCAGCGGAAUACUACAGAGAAGUUUUGAAACAGGACAAUACUCAUGUGGAAGCCAUUGCGUGCAUUGGAAGCAACCACUUUUAUUCUGAUCAACCAGAAAUAGCUCUUCGGUUUUACAGGCGACUCCUGCAGAUGGGUGUUUAUAACUGUCAGCUCUUUAACAAUCUGGGACUCUGCUGCUUCUAUGCCCAGCAGUAUGAUAUGACUCUGACCUCGUUCGAACGUGCCCUUGCUCUGGCUGAAAACGAAGAAGAGGCAGCCGAUAUCUGGUACAACCUGGGCCACGUAGCUGUGGGCAUAGGGGAUAUGAACUUGGCCCAUCAGUGCUUCAGGCUCACUCUGGUCAACAACAAUCACCACGCCGAGGCCUACAACAACCUGGCUGUGCUGGAGAUGCGGAAGGGCCAUGUCGAGCAGGCAAGAGCACUGCUACAAACCGCAUCAUCUUUAGCACCCCAUAUGUAUGAGCCACAUUUUAAUUUUGCAACGGUCUCUGAUAAGAUUGGAGAUCUACAGAGAAGCUAUGUUGCUGCUCAGAAGUCGGAAGCAGCAUUUCCAGAUCAUGUGGAUACCCAACAUUUAAUUAAACAGCUAAAGCAGCAUUUUGCUAUGCUCUGAUUGUCCCACAGACCAAGUAUAUCCUUAUGAGGGCGCAUUACACAAGGGAAAAAGUAGUGUUUAUAUAUAUAUAGGAUAUACAAACCUGUGCUUGAUAUUAGUGAAGAGGACUUAAGGGAGUUUAUGCAAGAAUUUAUAAUGCAUACUUGAUAAUAACUUGUAUAAUAUUAUAAAAGAUAGGAUUUAAUAUUUGUAAGUAGAUCGUGAAAACUUCUCCCAUAUCUUAUGGUAGAUGUUUAUAAAAAUGUUUACAAAACAUUUUCAUGAAUUUCCUCAAAUGUUUAUAAAUGCAUAUUUUUAAUGUCGUUAAUUUGGCCAUUAGCUAACAUGUAGCUUCAGAGGUCUGAAAUCUGCCAUUAAAAUUGCACUUUUAUGGCUAGAAGUGUGUGUAUUCAUCCCAAUUAGAGCUUAAAAAUUGUAUUUAAAACUAUUUAUCAAAUGCUUUUUAAGACACUGUACAUUUUCUUAUAUAUUAUGCUUUAAAAUGAAUCAGUGUAUAAUA